CGACAAUUAAGUUGUAAAUUUGGGGGUAAAAUAUGGCAAAGCUUUGCCCAUCCCAAUUUGUUUAGAAGUCUUGAACAGCUGGAGAACGACAUCGUUCAUCUCCAAAGUAUAGAGAAUCCAUCACAUCGAUUAACAACAGAGAGAGAGAGAGAGAGUUCUCCAAACUUUGAAAGCUCUUUGGAGUUUGUGUAUCUGCAAAACUCAGUGGGUUUGUCACUUUUUUGGGGAUGGUGUUGGUAUUGGCUCUGGGGGAUCUACACAUACCCCACAGAGCACCUGAUCUCCCUGCAAAGUUCAAGUCCAUGCUCGUUCCCGGCAAGAUCCAGCAUGUCAUUUGCACUGGCAAUCUUUCUAUCAAAGAAGUUCAUGACUAUUUGAAGACUCUUUGCCCUGACUUACAUAUUACUCGAGGCGAAUAUGAUGAAGAUACUCGAUAUCCUGAGACCAAAACUUUAACUAUUGGUCAAUUCAAGUUAGGAGUAUGCCAUGGUCAUCAGGUUGUUCCAUGGGGGGAUUUAGACUCGCUAGCAAUGCUCCAGAGGCAGCUGGAUGUAGACAUACUUGUGACUGGUCAUACCCAUCAAUUCACAGCUUACAAGCAUGAGGGGGGUGUUGUUAUAAACCCAGGCUCCGCCACUGGUGCCUACAGCAACAUUACCUAUGAUGCGAACCCAAGCUUUGUCCUCAUGGACAUCGAUGGCCUACGUGUUGUGGUUUAUGUUUACGAGCUCAUUGAUGGUGAGGUUAAAGUCGACAAGAUUGAUUUUAAGAAGACGACUGCCCCAACUCAUUCUGCUCAUUGAAUAUGCAGCCAGCAGCAGAGCUUCUUCUUUCUUUUUCUUUUUUUCCUGGCAUUGUAUUUGGAUUCCUAGAAAUGAAAUGUGAGUGAUAUGUGAUCCACUAUUUGUGCAUAUUUUAGUGGAGGCGGCCUUUGGUUCUUUUAUGAGUUAUUGACAAUGAAGAACCAAGUAGUGAACUAAAACAUGUAGAGAAUGGUCUCUGAAAUUUAGUGGUCUAAAGCAUAUGACUAAUGAUUGAUUGAUAA